UUAUUCAAAGCUAAGCUCAAACGCAUGUUAUAUAAUCUGAUCAGUAAGAAUUUUAGCAACCACUUUUCACACCACCGUAGAGAAACAAGUGAUAAAAAUAAUAAAAAUAACUUAAUUGAAGAAUUUAAGUGAGUUAUGAGUGAUUCCAAAAGAAAAUGGUGAAUGAAGACCCCAUUAGUGUACCACCCUCUUCUUUCCCUUCAAUGUAGCAACUUUAUUUGGACAACCUCAAAAGCCUUUCAUCAAACAGUCAUCCUGGUUUCUUCAGCUUCAAAUGGAGAACACCUGGAUCCUCACUUUUCAUCAUCUUCUUCUUCUUCUUCUUCUCCUCCUGCUCCAUUCAAAUGCAGCAAAAGGGGCCAUUAAUGUGGGUGUCGGUGUUGGUGGAAGAGCUGGCAUAGGUGUUGGCAUUGGUAUUGGCAAUGGGGGUAGUGGUGGUAACACCGCAGGACCCUCUGGAUCCUCAGCGUCAAACCUCAACAAUGCUUUCACGGCCCUCCAAGCUUGGAAAUCUGCCAUAACUGAUGACCCUUUGAAGAUUUUGGACACUUGGGUUGGUCCCAAUGUGUGUUCCUACAAAGGUAUCUUCUGCUCGAAUUCUCAGGACGAUAAUGGGAUUGCCACAACAGCAUCGACCGAAUCUUCUGUUGUUGCUGGAAUAGAUCUCAACCAUGCAAAUCUCCAAGGGACUCUUGUCAAAGAACUCUCUUUGCUAUCAGAUAUCACCCUUUUCCAUCUCAACACCAACAGGCUUUCUGGCUCAGUUCCUGAGUCUUUCAGAGACCUCACUUCCCUACAAGAGUUGGACCUCAGCAACAACCAACUCUCGGGACCUUUUCCCACUGCCAUUCUAUCCAUGCCAAGCCUCGUCUACUUGGACCUCAGAUACAACAACUUCUCAGGGCAACUUCCCGAUGAACUCUUCAACAAGAGACUCGAUGCAAUAUUCCUCAACAACAACAAUUUUGGGGGUGAAAUUCCAGACAAUCUGGGAAAUUCACCUGCCUCGGUGAUCAACUUGGCCAACAACAAGUUGAGCGGAAGCAUCCCUUUUAGCUUUGGCUUCAUGAGUUCAAGACUGAAGGAGAUUCUCUUCCUUAACAACCAGUUAACAGGUUGCAUUCCUCAGGGAGUAGGGAUCUUCACCGAGAUGCAAGUGUUGGAUGUGAGUUUCAACUCUCUGAUGGGCCAUUUGCCUGACACAAUGAGUUGCUUGCAGGAUAUAGAGGUUCUCAAUUUGGCGAAUAACAAGCUCUCAGGGGAAUUAUCUGAUGUGGUCUGCUCCUUGAGAAGCCUAUUGAAUCUAACCGUUGCUCACAAUUUCUUCUCUGGGCUGAGCCAGGAAUGCUCAAGGCUAUUCAAUGUGGGGUUUGAUUUCUCGGAUAACUGUAUACCUGGAAGGAAUAUGCAAAGACCACAACCAGAGUGUUCUGGGAUCCCUGGAGGUAGUCUCAAUUGUCUUAGAAUCCCUGCUCCAAAGCCUCUUGUUUGUGCAACUCUGGCUGCAACUUUGUCCAACCACGCAAACUCACCUUCCUCUUCUCCCUGAUACAGGUUGGUCCUUAAUGCUACCAAGUUAAUUCGUAAUCACACCCUGCUAAUUUUAUUCUUGGUUCUUUCAGUAUACGUCUUAGUAUCUUCUUCUUCUUCUUCUUAUUAUUAUUAUUAUUAUACUUGGCCCGCACGGAUAAGAUUCACCUUGAUUUUGUGGGCAACCAGCAAUGAGAAAGAUCUAUGAUGCGUUAACAAACAAGAUAAUUUAUAUGUCACGUGGCAUGGUUCUUUGAUUUGUACAACCAUCACGGGUUUUUAAGAUUGUGUAUUCAGUAUUCUGCUACGUUUUUUCUCCUCAUAAAUAUCACGAACCUCCUGUUUCAUUGCU